AUGGCCACCACGCGCAGAGAGGAGUCUGAGCGCCUGCUGGGGCCGGGCGGGUCGCCGGUCAGUGACUAUGGAUCGUGUGACGACACGGUCGGCUCAGAGUGUCCUGCCGACUCCGAGUCAGCCAACUCCAGCGAGGACCUCUCGCACAAACCGGAGAGCGACCAGGGCCUGGCCGCUCACAAGAAGCGCUCCAAGUUCAACUGCCGCCAACUGAUGUUUCUGGGAACGCUGGCCUCCAUUACGAUGACGUCAUCUCUGUCGCUGUGCAUCUUUCCACCGUUCUUCCCGAAGGUGGCCGAGAGCAAGGGCUUCAGCGCGUCUGUGUACGGCGCCAUCAUCGGCACCAACUGCCUGGUCUCGUUCGUCGUCACCCCGUUCCUCGGCCGCCACAUCGAGACGAUCGGCGUCGGCUUCAGCCUGGUGAGCGGCGUCUGCGCCAGCGGCGUGUCCUGCAUACUCUGCGGCAUGCUCGAGAUGUUCCCGGCCAGCAUGUCCUUCGUGUACGCGGCGGUGGCGAUCCGCACCGUGCAGUCGAUCGGCAACGCCGGCAUCAUCAUCACGACCUUCACCUACACGAACCUGCAGUUCCCGCGCAGCACCGGCAUCAUAUUCGCCAUGAACCGGACCGUGAUGAGCGUGGCGCAGAUGUUCGGGCCGGGCCUCGGCGGCAUCUUCUACGAGCUGGGCGGCUUCUACAUGCCGUUCGUCGUGUUCGGUGUGCUGCACCUGGUGACACUGAUGCCGCUGGUCUGUGUGCUGCCCGACAGGCCGGAAGCGGUCACUCCGAAGAAGGGGAGCCCCGAGACGCCGGUCAGACGGCGGCUGUCUCCGGAGACGGAGCGCGGUCAGGACCCGCAGCCGCUGCGGCAGAUGCUGCGCAUCCCCGGCAUCUGGGUGGCGUUCGUUUCGUUCCUGGUCUCCACACUCAGCACCGGCUUCCUGUCCAUCACUCUGGAGGCCCAGAUCCUGCGCAAAUACGAGCUCUCGCACAUCUCGCUGGGGAUGAUGUUCGGCCUGAAGGACGGCGCGAGCAGCAUCACCUCGCCGAUCUGGGGCCUGCUGUGCGACAAGUUCCGCUGCGUCAAGGCCUACGUGGUGGUGACCUCUCUGACGGCGGCCGUGUGUUUCGCCGUGUUCGGCCCGCUGCCGGGCGUGCCGAUCCACCAGACGCUCGGACUGCUCAUCACGGCUCUCUCCCUGUACGGCGUGGCCAUCGGCGGCAUGCAGGUGUCCGGCAUGGUGGACGCCCUGCGGGAGGCCACCGGCAACGGCAUGGCCGACGACCCGACCACGCACGGCGUGGUCGCCGGCAUGUGGAGCUCCCUGAGCGGCGCCGGACGCUUCAUCUCGCGCUGCGGCGCCGGCAUCCUGGUGGACACGAUCGGCUUCCCGCGCGCCUCCUGCGUGGUGGUGACGCUGCACGCGCUCAUGGCUGGCCUCGCCUCCGGCUACAUCUGCCUGUUUGGCGAGAACCAGCGGCGCGGGCGCAGCGAGAAGCCGCGCCGGCGGCGGCCGGCGGGCGCGCGCCGCCGCUCCCCGGCCAGUUCGGAUGACACGCCGCCGCCGCACCCCAGUGGCGCGCUGCAGGUGCCACUGGUCACCCCGCGCGCCCGCUACACCAGCGAGGGCCGCAUCACCUACCUGACCCACUCGCUGCCGGACGUCGGCGGCGCCAGCAGCUACAACGCCCUGAUGGCCGAGUAG